GGUAAAAAUAUAUGACACGAUGUGUGGUAUAUAAAGACGAUGGACAACGCGUAAAAUGAUCUGCCAAUUGUCAAAUACCGAAGAAAAUAUGCAUCUGUCAACUCAUACGUGGAUGAGGCCUGAGCCUCUAGAAACGACCUUGAAACGCGCUAGUGAAUUAGGUUAUGAAAGUAUCGAAUUGGCUGGUAUUCCUGAACAGUAUCCAAUUGAGCAGACGAAAAAGCUACUCGAUAAGUAUGGACUAAAAUGCUGGGGAACAGUGACUUUACAAAUGGGUGAUCAUGAUCUUGCGGCUUCUAACCCUGAGCAACGAAAAAAGACAGUACAAUACGUCAAAGAUGUUGUAGAUAUGGCUGCUGGUUUGGGUGGGAGCAUCACAAGUGUCGUGCCGGUAACGGUAGGUAAGCUUGCACCAACCUCCUCCCCAGAGAAUGAAUGGAAUUGGGUGAUUGAAGGUUUGAAGGAAGUUCAUAAGCAUGCCGUAUCUCGCGGGAUAAAAAUAGGUUUGGAGCCGUUGAACCGUUUCGAAACAUAUUUCUUGAAUCGAAUCGAUCAAGCGCUUGCUUUAGCCGAUGCGGUCGGCCCUGAGAUUGGUAUUGCGUUAGAUCCAUUUCAUUUAAACAUUGAAGAAGCCAAUUUGUUUUCAGCAAUUAAAUCGGCUGGUACAAGAAUUGUUGACGUACAUGUUUCAGACAAUAAUAGACUUCCAGUUGGAGAAGGAAGCUUGGACUGGAAGAAAAUAAUUGAUAUGUUGAAUGAAUUAGGAUAUAAAGGAGGAUUAGCUGUCGAAUUUAUGCCCCCUAUUGACAGAACACCAGUUAGUCCAUAUCCUCAACAACUUGAAACAAAGCCUGUUGAGGUUCCUCCAGCAUUACGAAAAUUUAUUGAAGAUCAUGCUUCAAGCAUUUUAAAUGAUGAUUACUACACUAGUCUAAUGAGAAAAUCAGCCGAAAGUGUUCAAGCUCUUCUCGGGAAAUAAUCUUAAUACAAAUAUUAGCAACACCUAUUUGUAUGAGAUAAUAUACGAAUAAUAAUAUUAAUGACGUUGUUAAUUUAUAACUUGAUACUUUUGCUUUGUCGAAGAGUGUUUAGGGUAAACAAUUCAGAGGUAACUCUUAUAUUGGCAUAUUUAGCAUAUACCACAGUCGUUUUCAGGGGAAAAGGAAAAAAAUCUGCGAUUAAGAGAAUUAUUAGCUGAACUAUUUCUUACACUAACAUUAAAAGUUCAAAGACAAGCAGGAGAAUAGGUUCAAGAGACUGAAUUGAAUCAAUAAGUAUGUUACAUGUAGAAUUUAAGCUUCUUAGGUUCUCACUUCGCUUUAAGUGUAACAAAUUCGUGGUUUUAGGUUUGAAGCUCUAUAAUUAUUAAUACCUUUUGAGACAUAGACAGCCAGCCAAGUUAGGUUUAUUUAAAUAACUAAAAAAGGUGUAAUAUAAGAUGAGUCACGAAAGACGAAAGCAAAGCGUUUUUUGGGUAAUACAUCUUUAAUUAAGUUUGAAUAUCCAAUCCAAGAAUAUCGGAGGCCUUAUUCUAACGAUCACACUUUACUAUUUUUCCUACGCAUGACGCUCAGAAACGUUUCAGCAUGCUUUUAAGCACUAUAAGACUACGAUUACUAAGAUUUAACUAACAGGCCUCUUAUAUUAUUACAGUACGUGAACC